AUGGCUUCCCAAGGAGUUGAUAGUGCAGAGCUGGGAACAGCCUCAGCAGGCAGUGCCCCAGGAAGCCAGGUGGAACCACAGGUGGAGAAUAUUUCUGUCUACCAGCCCACUAAUAGAUCACAAAAUUACCAAGAGAAAGCUAUCCAGAUGCUGAGUGGAGCAAUAACUCCAGCUCUGGGUGUUUUGAUGAGUUCCUUAAACAAAUUGUUACAAAAUGAAUUUGAGCUGAAGAUGGGAUUAGAACACAGGGCAUAUGCUCUUAACCCCAAAGCUAUAGUGACUCUGGAGUUUCCUGGGCUGGAAAGCAAUUUGGGGAUGAACAUUUCCAGUGCUACCAUUGUGCUAGUUGGUCUUGUUUUUCUCUCAGUGAAUUUAUCUAUCAAUGACCCAUUAUUCAAGAAUUGUCAGCCUUCCCAUCCACCUGACUUAUGCAUUUACAAAGAAGUCUCCUCAAGUGAAUAA